AUGUCCAGAGAAAACCGUCUGAGUAUGCGGCGGAAAAUACAGUCGCUUGUGCUUCGUCACGGCAUUCCUGCGAUCUGGUUUACGCUCAACCCAAAUGACAUCACAAACCCGGUAAAGCUGCGGCUUGCGGCAUAUCGCACUCGUGAGCCUGACACAGCUGAAGCUUUCUUGAAGAGCCUUGACAAAUCAUACAGACGACUGCGGCUGGCCAUCUCCGACCCGAUGAGCUCGGCCAUCUUCUUCCAUCGAGAGAUGACGUUGUUCUUUGAGCAUUAUGUCAAAGUGGGAGCGGAGUCGGUAUUCGGGCGCAUCAUCCACUACUACGGUGCUGUGGAGACCAACGAACGAGGGGCGCUGCAUGUCCACGGGUUGCUUUGGCUGCACGGAAACGCAAACUUGAGUACGAUGAUUACCGAUGUCGACGGCGAAGAUAAAGCCACAUAUCGUGAAAGGAUCAUCAGAUACAUCGAUAGUGUCUUCUGUGAGGCUCCAUGGAGACUUGUCGAAAAGACUGCCUUCACGGCAGACGGCGUGCUGCAAAUUCGAAGGAGGCAUAGCAUGGUGAAUCGGUGGAACAAGGCUAUGGCUGUGGGGCUUCGCCACAACCACGAUAUCUCCUUCAUAGCGACGCAGCGGAAGACCAUGGCACUCGUGUUCUACGUCACGAAUUACACGACCAAGGCAGAGGACCCGGUAUGGAAGCGCGUCGCUGCUGCCGCAGAACUGCUGCCUGUCGUCUCAGCGAGCCGUGGACCGGCGGCUAAGGGCGGGGAGGAUAUUGGAGAUAACGGUGCCACUGAUGGCGCUGCCGGGAACAGGACACGGCAAUUCUUGAUGAGGGUGGCGAACCGCAUAUUCACGGAACGGUCUUUGUCGCAAGUGGAAGUCAUCGCCUACCUUCUCGGAUACCCGACCGAGUUCACUAAUAGCAGCGCAUGGGCGUUCCUGAAUGUUUCUCUGCUGUACUGGCACGUCUUCCGUAGGUGGCGACACCUUCGCCAAGAGAGCGGCACAGCGGUUGGGGACGAUCCCGUGGACGACUCAAUCGUCGUGGAAGAAGCCGGCGAGAGAAUCAGCUAUGUCGAGGCAUAUGAGCACCGAGGGGGGGUCCUAGGGAGUCUGUGUCUCUACGACUACACAUCGCUUGUCAAGCUCAGGCGCACGGACAAGGAUGAGACCGCUGCCUCCUGGGGAGAGGUACCCUUUGAAAAAGGAUGGGGACCUGGAAGACGUUGGUUGCAGGUGCUGAGACGGCCGGGAAAGUACGCCAGUGUCUGCCUGGAUGGCUACCUGAGUAAGGAUUUCGAUCAGGAUGAUGAAGGCUCGUGCCAUCGGAGGGCAGCUGUACAGCACCUUGCGCUGUUUGUGCCAUGGGAGUCUUUCUUGUGCGAAGCAACGGACGACAUCAACCUCAUUUGGGCGCGGGCACUGAAGGCGCUGUCUCCGAGAGUAUCAUGCCUCGUCGAUAACGUUCAGCUACUUCGUCGGUCGGCCGAAGACGCAAAACGCGACGCCAGGCAAUGGGCGGCCUCAGCUGGCGACGCUGACUUCACGGUUACACAUGCCGAUGAGGAGGGAGAAGGGGAGGGCGACGAAGAGGCCGCCUCGGUUCGCGAGUCUGACAGCAUCGGUAACACGACGCGUCUAAUUGACGUCAUGAGAAGUGCACUGGGCUCCAACCAGAUCACUGCCGGCUCGCCGGAGCUCAUGGCAACACUGAAGCAGCUCUGCCAAUUUCAGCUAUCAGGGCUGAGCCCGGCUGGUGAGCUCUACGCCACCAUAAUACCCGAACGAGGAGAAAGACGGAUAGGCAUACACGGAGGAACCUUGUCCGGGGCCAGUAUACCACCGCAGGAUCAGGUCAAAGCCAUCAAGUCGCAGCAGAUAUGUGCCUCCAGAGAGAGGGAGCGGAUGAUCCAGGGUAUACAAAAUAUGGCUGUGGCCCACGAAACUGAGCAAGGUAUCGUGAUGAGAAAUGUGCUCAGUGGUUUCGGCGAGGAGGAUAUUGAGAUGACGGGAGCGGACCUGGAAAGGGUAGGCGAGGCAGGUCCAGGUGUCGAAGUCGACUUUGGCAUAUCAACAUCCUUCCUCGAGACAGGUAAAACUCUAGCAGCACGGUUCAAAUUGAAUAAGAGACAGACAAUCGCCCUCCUGAUCAUAUGCCGCCAGCUCGAUUUGAUACAAUGCAGCGCCAAAAGCGAAGUCAGUCAGCUCUGCCAAUUUGUCGGCGGAGAAGGCGGCACGGGGAAGUCACGCGUCAUUGAAACGCUUGUUGAGCUCUUUGCAUGCAAAAAAAUAUCGAACCGCCUCUUGAUAACGGCGACUUCGGGGACGGCGGCAUCGCGAAUUAACGGCAUCACAAUCCACUCCGCCUGCGGGUUCUCCAAGGACCAAGCAACAGGCACAAGCAUGGGCAAGGAUCUCGACGGUGUGCGACUGGCGAAAGUAACGGAGCGGUUUAUUCAUGGCCAAACUCGAAUGAACUGGCAAGAGAAAGACCUCCUUGUCAUCGACGAGGUGAGCAUGUUGGGAGCCCAGAUGCUACACGCGGUGAACGAGCAACUCUGCCGACUCCGCGGCUCACAUCAAGAGUUCGGCGGGAUCCCCAUCGUGCUCUUCUGCGGAGACUUCCAACAGUUCCGGCCAGUACAUGAUAGGUCAAUCCUUUUACCGAGCGUGGCCGUCUCGUGGGACGAAGACAACUCGUUCAAGGUCGAGCAACGACACCAACACGACAAGGCACAUGCACUAUGGAGGAAAUUCACGACGGUCGUCAUGCUGGACGAACAAGUUCGUGCCGCCGGGGACCCGGAGUUGCAGCGCUUGCUGAAACGGAUUCGAAUGGGUGUGCAGGACAAAACGGAUCUGGAUCUCCUCAACGCAAGGUGCUACCGAGAAGAUCAACGAAUUCCGUGGGAAACAGGAAUCACCGUGGUGACGCCGCUGAACAGGAACCGGUGGAACCUCAACAUGGAGGCAGCUUUGUCGUUGCAGGUCCAGCGGCGGUCAAUGAUGCGAAUCUUCUUAUCACAGCAUAAGUGGAAGAAUGGUCCGCCGACCGAGGAAGAAGCCACCAUGAUGCUAAACCAGGGGGACGACAGUGCGAUACCAGUACCGGGCGUCUUCAUGCAGCAGUGCUCCACAUCGUUGCUGCCUGCCACCAAGGCAGCAGCGAUGGAGGCACUUACAUAG